CCACAACGUGUCGCGACAUCGGAUAACGGUGUUCAAGAUGGCGCAAUCGCCGCCAUGCAUUACGAUACGCCACCGGAUGAUGAUAGCCAGUGUGGACAUGUCCACGGUGGGGUAGGAUAUGUAUACAUACGAGAACGGAUAUAGCCUUACUCCAACGUGACCACCAGAUUUAUAUCCAACACAUAGCAUUCGACAUCCAACAUUCGACACCACUACAAACCAACUCCAACCCCAACCUUGAGACCAAACCACAACAUGACAGACCCAACGCCCCCAGACAGCGCGUCAACCCCCAAAAAGAAGAUCCUCAUCAAUGCCUUCGACAUGAGCACCGUCGGCCACCUCUCCCCCGGCCAAUGGAAAAACCCCAACGACCAAUCCGCUACCAAGCGAAGACUCCCCUACUGGACCAACCUCGCCCAGCUCCUCGAGCGCGGCGGCAUCAACGCGCUCUUCCUGGCCGACACGUACGGCGGCUACGACACCUACGAAUCGAGCCUGGACAACUGCAUCCGGCGGGGCGCGCAGUGGCCGAUGACCGACCCGACGAUCCCGAUCUCGGCCAUGGCAGCUGUGACGAAGAACUUGUCGUUUGCAAUCACCGCCAGCACGAGUUUCGAGCCGCCGUUUCUGCUCGCGAAGAGGUUUAGCACGCUGGAUCACCUCACCGGCGGCCGGUUUGGCUGGAACAUCGUGACCAGCUGGAAGAAAGCGGCGUUUCGCGCGAUUGGACUCGACGAGCCUGUGGAGCACGAUGCGCGGUAUGCGCAGGCGGACGAGUAUCUGCGGGUGCUGUACAAGUUGUGGGAGGGGAGUUGGGCGGACGACGCGAUUACGGAGGACCGGGAGCGCGACGAGUACAUUGAUCCGGCGCGCGUCAGGACGAUCAAGCACGACGGCAAGUUCUUCCACCUCGAGUCGAAGCACAUUGUCGACCCGUCGCCGCAGCGCACGCCGUUUCUGUUCCAGGCGGGAACGUCGGCGGCGGGGAGCGAGUUUGCGGCGACGCAUGCAGAGGCGAUCUUUGUCUCGUCGCACUCGCCGGUGGUGCUGAAGCCGAAGAUUGCACGGAUUCGCGAGCUGGCGAGGGAGAAGGGGCGGGAUCCGCAGAGUAUCAAGGUCUUUGCGACGUUUACGCCGAUUCUGGGAAAGACGGAUGAGGAGGCCAGGCUCAAGCACGAGGAGUUGAAGAAGUACGCGAGCGAGAUUGGCGGGCUGGUGCUUGUAUCGGGCUGGACGGGUAUUGAUUUGAGCCAGUACCCGCCUGAUAAGAUCCUCACUGCAGACGACGCAACGACGGACCAUCGGGUGAGGAGUUUGUUGGAUCAGUUUACUGUGACAUCGCCUGACGUACCGGCGUGGACGCCAAAGGUCAUUGCUGAAAAAGCCUCAAUUGGAGGUCUUGGGCCGGUGAGCGUUGGAUCGCCAACCACAGUUGCGGACGAACUUGAGCGGUGGGUAAAGGAGGCAGAUGUUGACGGGUUCAACAUUGGGUAUGUAACUACGCCGGGCAGCUUUGAAGAUGUUGUUGAUCUGCUGGUACCUGAGUUGAGAAGGAGAGGCAUUUACUCGCAGCCUGAGGAGGAAGGGCUGACAGCGAGAGAGAAGGUGUACGGGAAGGGACAGGCAGGCUUGCGCGCUGACCACACAGGCAGCCAGUACAAGUACGAUGUGUAUGAUGAGUCGAAACCGUAG